AUGCCUAUGAUCAAAUUGCAAAGUUCGGAUGGCGAAGUGUUCCAAGUAGAUUUCGAGAUCGCCAAAGCAUCGGUGACCAUUAAAACUAUGGUCGAGGACUUGGGCUUAGAAGAGGAAGACGAAGAAAACGUGCCAUUGCCGAACGUAAACCCUGGAAUAUUGAAGAAAGUCAUUCAAUGGGCAACCUACCACAAGGACGACCCACCAGCAGCCGAGGAUGACGAGGGACGCGAGAAGCGUACAGACGACAUAUCCAGCUGGGAUGCAGAUUUCCUGAAAGUCGAUCAGGGUACACUAUUUGAACUCAUAUUGGCUGCCAACUAUUUGGACAUCAAAGGCUUGUUGGACGUUACGUGUAAGACGGUUGCUAAUAUGAUCAAAGGAAAAACUCCCGAGGAAAUAAGGAAAACAUUCAACAUUAAAAACGAUUUCUCAGCUGCCGAAGAGGAUCAAGUUCGUAAAGAGAAUGAAUGGUGUGAAGAAAAGUAA